AUGAGUGGAGAUGAUUCCUUCAAAGAGGUGGAAUUAGAGCCACAUACACCAGGCGACAAAUUAGAUAAAAAAUCAAAGAAAGAAAAGAAAGAAAAGAAAAUUGGUUUCGGCGGUAAAAAAUCAGCCGAAGAAAACGCAUGGUUUAUAUCAAAAGCAACAUUUGGAUGGGCCGAUAAAUUUGUUUAUCAUUGUUUCAGACAUGUAUUACAACUCGAGCACAUUUGGGAUUUAGCAUCAUACGAUAAAUCUGAAUUUUUAGAAAAAAAAAUUAGAGAAUCAUGGGAAGUCGAAUUAACAAAACCAAAACAAUAUUAUAUGAGAGCAGCAUUCAGAGCAUUUGGUUUAUAUUUUAUGUUGAGUUGGUUUUUCUAUGCAUUUUACGCAGCAUCACAGUUUGUAGGUCCAGAAAUUUUAAAGAGAAUGGUAAAGUUUGUAACACUAAGCAGAUUAGGUGUUUCCGAUGAAGAUCCAAAUAUGGGUUAUUAUUAUGCAUUAAUUUUAUUUGGUAGUGGUAUGGUUGGUUCAUUUUGUUUAUAUCAAUCAAAUAUGAUUUCAGCAAGAACUGGUGAUCGUUUAAGAUCAGUUAUUGUUUUAGAUGUUUAUAAAAAAGCAUUAAGAUUAUCAAAUUCAGCUAGAGCUGGUACAUCACCAGGUCAAAUUGUAAAUUUAAUGAGUAAUGAUGCUCAGCGUAUGGUUGAGGUAUUCCAAUUGGUAAAUAAUGGUGUUUUUGCACUUCCACAAAUUAUUGUUUCAAUUGUAUUAUUAUAUCGUGCAAUUGGUUGGCCCACAUUCAUAGGUUUAGCAUUAAUGAUUAUAGCAGUUCCAUUCAAUGGUAUUGUAGCAAAGAAAUUAAUGGCAGUUAGAAUGAGUAUGGUUAAAUUUACAGAUAUUCGUGUUAAAACAACAAAUGAAAUUUUACAAGCAAUCAAAAUUAUUAAAUUAUAUGCUUGGGAAGAUAGUUUUGCAAGAAAAGUUAUCGAAAGAAGAGAAGCUGAAAUUAAAUUAUUAUUUACUUUUUCACGUUAUAGAGCAGUUUUAAUUGUUUUUGUAGCAGCUCUUCCAACUGCAGUUUCAGUUUUAGUAUUUUCAACUUAUUAUGGUGUUAGUGAAACAUUUGAUGCUGGUGAAAUUUUUGCAGCUUUAGCUUAUUUAAAUAUUCUUCGUGUUCCAUUAGGUUUCCUUCCAAUUAUUGUUGCACUUAUGGUUCAGAUGCAAGUCGCAGCUAAUCGUGUUACAGAAUUUUUAUUAUUACCAGAAAUGAAACGUGUAAAUGAAAUCACUGAUGAAUCAGUACCAAAUGGUGUUUAUAUGAAGGAUGCAACCCUUUCUUGGAAUUCUGCAAAGAAAGACGAAACAUUUGGUCUUAAGAAUAUGGAUAUUAGUUGCUCAGGACCAAGUUUAACAAUGGUUGUUGGUUCAGUUGGUUCAGGUAAAUCUUCAUUACUUCAAGCUUUAUUGGGUGAAAUGGAUAUGGUAGAGGGAGAGCUUUCAAUUAAAGGUUCAAUCGCAUAUGUUGCACAACAAGCAUGGAUUAUUAAUGCCUCUCUUAAAGAUAAUAUUUUAUUUGGAAAACCAUAUAUCGAAUCCAAAUAUAAAAAAGUUUUAGAAGUAUGUGCUCUCGAACGUGAUAUCGAACUUUUCCCACAAGGUGAUUUAGUCGAAAUUGGUGAACGUGGUGUAAAUCUUAGUGGUGGUCAAAAACAACGUGUAUCUAUUGCUCGUGCUGUUUAUGCUGAUGCCGAUGUUUACAUUUUAGAUGAUCCAUUAUCUGCUGUUGAUGCUCAUGUCGGUAAACAUCUUUUCCACAAAUGUUUCAAAGGUGUUUUAAGAAAUAAGACCGUUAUCCUUGCAGCCAAUCAACUUAAUUAUCUUCCAUUUGCAAGCUAUUGUUAUGUAUUAAAAGAAGGUCAAGUUAGUGAAAAAGGUACUUAUCAACAAUUGGUUAAUUCACAAAAAGAGUUUUCAGUUUUACUUCAAGAGUAUGGUGUCGAUGAAACAUCAAUCACUGAUGGAAGUGAAGAGGUUUUACCAUUAGAUUCAGAAGAAAUCCUUAUCGAAGAAAAGAAUAAAGAAUUAGAAAAACCAGUUUUGAAAAAUAAAGAUGGUACUCUUACCUCACAAGAAGAAAGAGAAGAAGGUGCUGUUGCUCUCUGGGUAUAUUGGAAAUAUUUCACAGUUGGUGGAGGUUUUGUUUUCUUUAUUGCAUUUGUUUUCUUCCUUUUAGAUACUGGUACACGUACAUUUGUAGAUUGGUGGUUAUCCCAUUGGCAAAGUGAAAGUAUUAAGAUUAACGCAGCUGAUGGUAGUAGUUACUCUGGUGAACCAUAUUCUGGUCUCACUAAUAUUCAAUUCCUUGGUAUUUAUAUUGGUCUUGGUGUAGCAUCCAUUGUUUUCUCUGCUUGUCGUAACUUUAUAUUCUUUGACUACACUGUCAGAGCUUCAAGAGCCUUACAUCAUCAAUUAUUCGAAGCACUUUUAAGAGCUCCAAUGUGGUUCUUUGAUACUACUCCAUUAGGUCGUAUCAUCAAUCGUUUCACCAGAGAUCUCGAUGGUAUUGAUAAUCUUAUCGCCGCAGCAAUCAAUCAAUUCUUUGUUUUCUUCUUAACUGUCAUUGCUACACUUAUUAUCAUCUCAAUUAUUACUCCAUUCCUUUUGAUCCCAUUAGCCCCAAUCAUUAUCAUUUUCUACAUCUUACAAUAUUUCUAUCGUUUCACCUCCAGAGAAUUACAACGUUUAGAAGCUAUUUCACGUUCACCAAUUUUCUCACAUUUCUCUGAAACCUUAAAUGGUGUCGUUUCAAUCAGAGCCUACAAGAAAGAACAAGAAAAUAUUUUAACAAAUCAAUACCGUUUGGAUAAUAAUAAUAAAUGUUAUUUAACUCUUCAAGCUAUGAAUCAAUGGUUAGGUUUAAGAUUGGAUUUCUUAGCAAAUUUAAUUACUUUCUUUGCCUGUUUAUUCAUUACAAUCGACAAGGAUACAAUUUCAACUGCAUAUGUAGGUCUUUCCCUCAGUUAUGCCUUAACCUUAACAAGUAAUCUUAAUCGUGCUACUUUACAAGCUGCUGAUACCGAAACUAAAAUGAACUCUGUCGAACGUAUUACCCAUUACAUCAGAGGUCCAGUCGAAGCCCUUCAAAUUACUGAUGUUCGUCCACCACCAAACUGGCCAGAACAUGGUUCAAUCACUUUUGACAAUUUAAUUAUGCGUUAUCGUGAAGGUUUAGAUCCAGUAUUAAAAGGUAUUUCUUGUGAAAUUAAACCAAAAGAAAAGAUUGGUAUCGUUGGUAGAACAGGUGCCGGUAAGAGUUCAAUUGCAUUAGGUCUUUUCCGUUUAGUUGAAGCAUCAGAAGGUCGUAUCUUAAUUGAUGGUGAUGAUAUCUCUAAAUUUGGAUUAAAAGAUUUACGUCGUAAUUUAAGUAUUAUUCCACAAGAUCCAGUUUUAUUCUCUGGUACUUUAAGAGACAAUCUCGAUCCAUUUGGCGAACAUGAAGAUUCUGUACUUUGGGCUUUACUCGAAGAUAUUCAAUUAAACAAUGCCGUCUCACAAUUAGAAGGUGGUAUAGAUUGUAAGGUUACUGAAAAUGGUGAUAACUUUAGUGUUGGUCAAAGACAAUUAAUUUGUUUAGGUCGUGCUUUACUUAGAAAACCAAAAAUUUUAGUACUCGAUGAAGCAACUGCUUCAGUUGAUGGUAAUACUGAUUCAUUAAUCCAAAAAUGUGUCAGAGAAAAAUUCAAUAAUUGCACAAUUCUUACUAUUGCCCAUAGAUUAGGUACAAUUAUGGAUUCAGAUCGUAUUAUGGUAUUAGAUGCUGGUAAAAUUUCAGAGUUUGAUACUCCAUGGACCCUUUUACAAAAUCCAGAAGGUCUUUUAACUUGGUUAGUUUCAGAAACUGGUCCACAAAACAGUGUUUAUUUAAGAAAACUUGCCAAGGCUAAACAUGACGGUAUUUCAUUAGAACAAUUAAUCGAAUUAAUGAAUGAAGCAAAUAAACUUGAAAAUCAUGACGAAAUUAAAACACCACUCAAAAAAUCAACAAAAGAAAACGAAUCAGAAGUCAAUAAUAGUAUUGAUAAUGACAACAACAACAACAACAAUACAGUUGGCGAAAACGAAGAAAAAGUAGACGAUGAUUCAUCCUCAUCAAAAAGCGAAUAAAUCAAUAACAAUAUAAAAUAAUAAUUUAAAAAAAAAAAAAAAAAGUAUUUAUUAUUUUUUUUUACAUCUUUUUUUUUAAAACUAAAAUAAAUACCUUUUUUUGAAAAAAUAAAAAUCUUUUUUUACAUU